ACAUAUGAAGCACCAAAGCGCGAUCAAUCCCUUCACUCUCCUCGUUUACACAAACGCAGAGGGAGAGUGAUGGGCGCUUCUUCUCCCACUUCUCUUCUUCUCCUCGCUUACUUUUUACUCUUUUUGUCGAACCUCACACAUGCCUCUGACGAGACCAAUCUGAAAGGAAUUAACCUAGAACAUCCGGUUCUAGAUGUCACCCCAUAUUUCAUAUCCAGCCAUUCAUCUGUCCGUGGUUCAAAAGAUGUUCUGUUGUGUGAACGCGUCCAGGUUUCUGGUCACUCCAGGUUGAGACUUGCAAGUUAUGCCAGUGCAUUUCGAGUUACCUUGAUUCCUUCUGUUGAAAUUCCAGAGAGACUGCAUGGUAAAAUUCAGAUUUGUUUUCACCGGAAUUCGUCGCUUGGAUUGUGUCAGUGUGAAAAGGAUGAGUGGAAAACUCUUCAGAAGGGGCUAUGGAGCUCUGUCAUGUCACCUUAUGAAACCAGAUAUGUUGAUGUCAAGUUCAGUGGUGAUAUAUCCGGUUCUGUCAGAGUUUCUGUUGAAGAAGAUUCUCAGAAGUGGCGUCUCCUGUUUCUUGCUGUAGGAUUUGUUCUACUGCUGUCAGCUCCAAUUGUCAGCAGUUGGGUUCCUUUUUACUAUAGCACGUCAAUGGUCAUUGGAGUUCUUCUUGUUUUUAUAAUUCUUCUUUUCCAGGGAAUGAAGCUAUUGCCCACUGGAAGGAAAAAUUUCUUAUAUCUUACCAUAUAUGGAUCGGUGCUUGGAGUGGGUUCUUUUCUUUUACAUCAAUUCUCGCUGCUGGUUAAUUCAGUUCUUAUCGGUUUUGGGCUGAAUGAAGAGAUGCACAAUCCGGUCUCUAUAUUUCUACUAGUAGGAAUUAUUCUUGCAGGAGCAGCUCUAGGUUACUGGAUGGUGAGGAAAUUUGUGAUCUCCCAAGAUGGAACUGUGGACAUCGGCGUUGCUCAAUUUGUGAAAUGGGCAAUGCGCAUUAUUGCCGCCACCUUAAUUUUUCAGAGCACUAUUGAUUCUCUUCUAGCAAUGGGCUCCUUUAUAACCUGCUAUGCAGUCUGCUCUCUGAUAACUUCACCGGAGUGGUUUCGUUCAAGUAAAAGGACUGGAUGGAGAACGAUACAGCACAACCACGCAGAAUUUCUUAGCAGGUCCCCACAGAAGGGCUCUGGUGGGAAGAUGUGGAACAGUCCUAAUUAUUCGUAUGCUUGGUCUGAUUCUCCUGUUAAAGAUGUGAUAUCUCCGUCUACUCGUUCAGGGAGAAAGACAAGGCGGGAUUACUAUUCAACCUUCCACCAGAUGCCAACGCGAAAGAAGUUCACGAAGAAAGAGUGGGAAGAUUUUACACAAGUAUCUACUCGGCAGGCUUUAGCUGAAUUGUCAGCAUCUCCAGAUUUCACCGAUUGGAUCAUUGACAAUGCUGAGCGAAUACAGCUCCUUCCUGACGGCUAUAGUUCAGAAGAAAGAGUCAGAAGUGAAUCGGAUUCCACAGACGAGACUAACGCAGGUAGCUGCAACCAAUUCAGGUUAUUUAAUUGGUUUUGUGACUAGAUUAGGAGAUAGACCGAAGACACGGAUUUAGGAAUAGUACUACAUUUCAAGCAAAAGGAAGAAAAAAAAAUCUCUGUGCCGCUUUGCCGGUUUCUGCAAUUAGCUGACAGUGUAAAAGUAGGUUCUUGUUUAUGUAAGUUUGAUUUCUUCUGAAUGGUAGAUGGAGCUGAAAAUCAUUGCAAGCUUUCAUUGUUGGUGGAUGUUGGAAGUGUUUUUUUUCUUUAAAUCUUAUUAUCAAAGUCUUGAUUCAGACUGUUUGGCAUAA